GCAACAAUGAGCCUCAGCCCGCAGUUGGUGAUCCGGACCUGUAGUUGUACCUGAAAGACCUCUUGUUUGUCUUUCCACACCCAGUCAGCUUUAAUAUCUGAGAGGUGUAUGGCGAGACAAACGCCGGGGGACAACAUAUGAAUAUCUUACAUUCGGAGUUAAGAAAAUAUACUGAACAUAUUAGAGAAUAAUUGAUAUAUCAGGAAACAAUUUUGCUAACGUUAUUUAUAUGCUGCCACAGGCGGGUGGGCAGAAGUGAGCCUGCGGUGGGCUGAUCGCUGGAGCCGUUGUCAGCAGCAGAGAAGUGUCAGGGAAAGGAGACAGGGAUUACACCAGAAGAGGAAGGAGUCCGCCUGGAGGAAUGCAACAUAUUAUUUAGCUGAAAAGUCACGGCAUGUUGUCGAGGGUAGUGCCAGCCGUGUUCAAAUUUACAACCUAAGCAGAGAACUAAAGCUAGUCGAUAGCUGCCAGCCGGUUAGCCCCUGCUAGCAGCAGCAUCAUCUAAUCUAGUUUAGCUGUUUCUCCAACAUGAGGCUGAAAGUAGGCUUUAUUCUACGGAGUCUGCUUGUUGUUGGGACCUUCCUUGGUUUGGUGGUGCUCUGGUCUUCCAUGUCGCCGAAAAGCAACGAUGAAAACCCUUUUGGAAAACGGGAUGACAGUGUGUGCCCAGGAGACCUAGCGGAUCAGUUUAAGGCUGUGGUGCCCUGGCCUCAUGUUGAAGGGAUGGAGGUCGACCUAAACUCCAUCAGACUCAAAAAGGAAGGGGCCAACCAUGUCCAGGAAGCUGAGCAGCAGCCCAACCAGAAGCAGGUGAUCCAGCAGCAGUAUGUGACAUUCAAACCCCACACACAAACCUACACCAGCCCUGUCCUGAAGAAAGGUAUCCUGGGAAACUUUGAGCCCAAAGAACCUGAGCCUCCGGGAGUCCCUGGCGGUCCUGGAGAGGGAGCCAAGCCUUUUGUCCUGGGUCCAGAGUACAAAGACGCCAUCCAGACUUCCAUCAAAGAGUUUGGCUUCAACAUGGUAGCUAGUGACAUGAUCUCACUGGACCGAACCAUCAGUGAUAUACGCCAUGAAGAGUGUAAGGACUGGCAUUAUGAUGACAGACUGAUGACCUCCAGUGUGGUGAUAGUCUUCCAUAAUGAAGGCUGGUCUACACUGAUGAGAACCAUCCACAGUGUCAUCAAGCGGACUCCCAGUAGAUACCUGGCUGAGAUAGUCAUGAUAGAUGACUUCAGCAACAAAGAGCAUCUGAAGGAGCGUUUGGUUGAUUACAUCAAGCAGUGGAACGGUCUUGUAAAGCUCUUCAGGAAUGAGAAGAGAGAAGGACUGAUCCAGGCCAGGAGUAUAGGAGCACUGAAGGCCACUAAAGGACAGGUACUGAUCUACCUGGAUGCUCAUUGUGAGGUUGGAGUCAACUGGUAUGCUCCACUGGUUGCUCCUAUUUCAAAAGACAGAACGGUGUCUACGGUGCCUCUGAUCGACUCUAUCAACGGCCAGAGUUACACCAUGGAGCCCCAGGGUGGAGGAGACGAGGACGGCUUCGCUAGGGGAGCCUGGGAUUGGAGCAUGCUCUGGAAGAGAGUUCCUCUGGGAGACAAAGAAAAAAAACUGAGAAAAACUCGGACUGAGCCAUAUAGGUCUCCAGCCAUGGCGGGGGGGCUCUUUGCUAUAGAGAGAGACUUCUUCUUUGAGCUGGGUCUGUAUGACCCAGGGCUUCAGAUAUGGGGAGGAGAGAAUUUUGAAAUAUCAUACAAGAUCUGGCAGUGUGGUGGCAAGCUGCUGUUUGUACCCUGCUCUCGUGUCGGCCAUAUCUACAGACUUCCGGGUUGGCAAGGCAACCCUCCCCCUGCACAUGUCGGAUCCUCACCUACUCUGAAGAACUAUGUUCGUGUGGUGGAGGUGUGGUGGGAUGAAUAUAAGGACUACUUCUACGCCAGCCGUCCUGAAACCCUCACUCUAGCCUACGGAGACAUCAGUGAGCUGAAACGCUUCAGGGAGGAUCAUCGAUGCAAGAGCUUCAAGUGGUUCAUGGAGGAAAUAGCAUAUGACAUUCCAAUGCACUACCCUCUGCCUCCUAAAAAUGUAGAAUGGGGAGAGAUUCGAGGCUAUGAGACGAGUUACUGUAUUGACAGUAUGGGACACACCAAUGGAGGCAAUGUGGAAAUAGGGCCAUGCCACAGAAUGGGUGGAAACCAGUUGUUCCGUGUCAACGAAGCCAACCAGCUGAUGCAGUAUGACCAAUGCCUAACGACAGGAAGUGAUAACUCAGCUGUCAUCAUCACACACUGUGAUCAGAAGCAGCACACUGAGUGGAAGUAUUUCAAGGAUCUCCAUCGGUUCACUCAUGUGCCAACAGGGAAAUGUCUGGACCGCUCCGACCUGCUCCACAAAGUCUUCAUAUCAGACUGUGACAACAGUAAAACCACUCAGAAAUGGGAGAUGAAUAACAUAGUGGCUGUCUGAACACUACUGGCACAAGGAGAACCACUGAGAAACACAUCCGUACUCAUCGUUUACAGAUAAAGCCAGCAGAUACUGUCCUUUGAAGAAAUCAUGUUUUUGAUUUGAGCCAGUCGGUGUCAGUGCUUCUCAAUGAAAGAUACUGAGUUUUGACUUUUAACAGCUUCAACCCAAAACGGUUGGUUGGAACUGUUGCUCCAUAAGCUCAUGCAUAACACAGACAAUCCAGGUGGCAGAAGUACAACUGGAAACCUGCUCUGUCUCUCUGUCCUUCAUACUGUUGGUUUUUCACUCGUUCUUUCUGUUCUUUUGGUCUUUGGCUCUCAGGUCUUUUCUAAACCACUACAUUGAUUCAAGAAAUCAACAUCUACCCUGACUAUUGAACAGUCAUGCUCUUAUUAGACCUUCCAAUCAACUGUUAGCUCACCUACCAAAGAGUCUUUUUUAUUGGUGGAGGAUUCAUCAGUGCAGCAGGUGGUGCUGGGUGGUGUCAUGAAUGUUUACGUUUCGGCUUGUUUUGUGUAUUUAAACAAUCAACAUGUAAGGACUGUAACUAUUCUUCUGCUUGGCCCUGUUCAGCCAUCUCUUUCAAAAAUGCCCAUAGGCAAUUUCACCAUGUCAGUGAAAAUACAGCAACCUUCCUCCAGGGAAGGUUAACCCUAACCCGAACCCAGAGAUGGAAGACACGUUUUGCUUGUUCUUCACAUUUGCACUCCAAGGGCCAUUCUAGCUUGCAACUAAUACAGUACUCCAACCGGCUUCAUUUGAUGAACGAAUAAGCAGGAUUCAAUUAACAAGUUGAAUAUAAAGCAAACUAUACAGUGUUUGUUUCCCUAAAGCAUCUCAAGGUCCAUUGUUAGUGUGCCAUGCCUGAAACUUAAUUGUAUUGGUUGCAUAUAACUUAUUUUGGUUUCCAUCACCGUCCACUGACACUGCGAGGCUUAAGAGGAACCUAAGGAGAACACAUCUGAGAACAGUGACCUGCCUUACUGACAGUCCUGAUGAGAAGAUCAGUUGCUGACAAGCUGUCUUUCACCUAGUAACUGUCUGUCUGAUAAUGAAAGGAACAAUGUGUGGUUUGGGUUGGAAAUGAUAGAAGUGAUACAUUGAUUACACUUAAUGGGGUGGGGGUUCAUUAUCUUGUUGAAGAUAAUGUGGGGGUUUUGGUUUGUUUUGCAAGGUAAAGAGGGUUUGGUGAAUGGCUGAUGAUGUAUGCAAUGUUUUGUACAAUGUAAAUACAUUUCUUUGUAUUGAUUGAAAAGUUUAUUAACAGCUUGUAUAUAUUGGGUAAAGAUCAAUCAUAAUUGCAUUUUGUGAAGGGCCUUGAAUGAUGUAAAUAUCUAACUUAUAGCAGAAAUGUAAUAAUGUGGGCUGAAAAAUGGGUGAUUGAACAAAUAAAAGAUCAGAUUUUUACUACUGCCA